GGCUCACUCGGUCACAGAUUUGAAUACUCUUGUUGAGUGAAAGGCUCCACACGACAAGACUCAAGGAUUGCGCAAAGACAAGAGCACGCUGUUCAGAUUCAAAUCAGAAUAGACGGUUGUAGAAUUACAAGAGAUGCUGAUGCUCACGAUCAAUAAAUUUUGAAUAACCAAAGCCAUUUUGACAGCCAAGGUUCCAUAAAUUUAGGCAAGGCCCCGAACAUUGAUCUCAAAAUUUUCUUUUGCAACAAUUGAAUUUGCGCACAAAUAGAAUGGAAUUCCAACCCAUGUUUCUGUCAUUUUGGAGCUGAUCAGCAAUUGUUUGAGUUGACUUCCGUUGACGCGAUUCACAGAAGGGUGAAUUACAAACAACGUGAAUAUCGCAUUCCUGACCUAAUACCACGACCAACAUAUUCAUCGAAUUCUUCCCAAAAAAAACCUUUUUCAGCGCUGCUGCAUCUGCUUUUUUGCCUACAUUCAUUUAUACAUAGGAAAUUCCACCACAUUUACUUCUCUUGCAUUCCUUGCGUAUAUUUAUCGACAUCUACUUUGCAGCGUUUGCAGCCUGUGGUUGUUCUUUAUUUGCUAGUGAGUUUGUUCAUUAUUUUCCGGGAAGUGUAGAUCUAGACGAGUCGCCAAUAAUUUUUCGAAAAUGGCGCCGAAAGUGAAGAAUCUCUCCAAGAAGGCCAAGGAGCGCAUGGCCAAACUGGAGGAGGAGAAAAAGAAAAACGCCGUCAACGAAGACAGUUCCAAGGACUUCAAAUCAGCAGUACUUCAGCAGGCCGUCGUCACAGGAAACCUGGCGUCCCGCGCGGACAGCAGAGACUUGAAAAUUUCCGAAUUCUCGGUCGCCACUUUCGGAAAGCAGCUGGUAAAAAAAUUCAAUAGGAUCUUGAAGGUGGCGCUUUCGACGUGUUUGUUGGCCAUGAUAUCUAUUGGCGGCCGGAAGUAGGGAAUUUUAAUUUCAUAGGCCAACAUCUACUUGUUCUUCUUGCUAAAGAGUACGGUUGCUGUCCUGUAGCUCAACAUCAAAAUUGCUGAAUAAACAGGUUGCUGACACAACUUUGGAGUUGAACUUCGGCCGAAAGUACGGUCUAAUUGGGCAGAACGGGAGCGGAAAGUCCACCAUCCUAGCUGCGAUCGCAGCAAAGGAAGUCCCCGUUCCGGAUGUCAUUGAUAUGUGGUUUCUCGACUGCGAGGCACCCCCAAGCGACAUGAACGCCAUUGAGGCGGUGACAGAUAAAGCAAAAAAGGAACACGCCAGGUACAAGUUCUUUAUAUAUUAUUUUCGCUUUCGCCGUGUCCCGUGUCCGUGUCCGUCUAGUAAAUGUAAAUCUUCGCGUGCCCCGCUUUCCGAUCAGAAGCUUGUUGCGAAUUGUAUCGAUAAUUGAGAUUCAGUCUGUUGAUGCAUGAAUCGGAAUGAAUAUGAUUCUGCUAUAUACGUUUUUCCUGAGGAUUCGUGUUUCUCUCGAUGCAGGCGUUCCACGACCCAUCUUGAUACGACAUAUUAAAUCACAGGUUAGAAGCCUUGACCAUGACGCUCCUGGAAGAGGAUCCGGAGGGCAACGCGCACCUUCUGGAUCAGAUCGGAGAAAAGCUGGAUAAGAUGGACCCGCACACCUUUGAUAGCAAAGCCGCGGAACUCUUGCACGGUCUGGGAUUCACGAAAUCCAUGAUGAGCCGCGCCACAAAGGAUAUGUCUGGUGGUUGGCGAAUGCGCGUGUCGUUGGCACAGGCACUUUUCGUGGAACCGACGCUGUUGAUCUUGGACGAACCCACAAACCACUUGGAUUUAGGUAUUAAAAUGAGCUUCUGGAGAUGAUUGAACACAAAAAAAGCCCCGCCUUUAAUCAUGAAGAUGCUCCGUGAUCAUGUUCAUGACGUGCUACUUGUACGACUAAAAAAGGUGUGAAGACGAGAGAUAUUGCAAUUCAUUCCACUGUAUCGAUCAACAAAGCGAAAAAAAAAAACUUAGGUGCCUGCGUCUGGCUGGAAGACUACUUGGCAAAUUAUCCCAACACAAUCCUUUUUGUGUCGCACUCAGAGGAUUUCCUGGACAAUGUCUGCACGAACAUCAUGCAACUUACACACGACGGCAAGCUUAAGGUAGAAAUGUGCUAUGUGAUGAGUUAGCUCGUCCUUGUGCUCAUCUUUCGUGCGGUUACGAACCAUAUCUAUGCCGUUUUAGUAAUACUGGUGUAAUGGUGAAGAUUCUUAUGCUGAUGCGGUAUUCAUCUGGUCCCAGCUGUAACAAGAAAUAUACGUGUAUUGCUAAUGAAAAAAAUGAAAAUGAAACACGAUGAUCGCAGGUGUGGGGCGGAAACUACAGCAUGUACGUGAAAACGCGCACGGAGUUCGAGAAGAACCAGAUGACAAAGUACAAGAAGGAGCAGGACGACAUUAAGCACUUGCAGGAUUUCAUUCGGUCUUGCGGUACCUACGCGAACCUGCGCAAACAGGCGGAUAGUAAGCAGAAGAUCAUUGACAAAAUGACCGAGGCGGGACUCACCGAGAAGCCGGUUGCAGACCCGCAGUACGUCUUCCGCUUCCCGAAUUCGGAAAAACUCCCACCCCCAGUCCUGGCGUUUGAAGACGUCUCGUUCUCAUACUCCGGGAAGCGACAGGUAUUUUUUAGCGGAACAACUGCUUGCUUAUACUUAGGCUAGAAAUUCUACUAAGCCGAAGGCGAAAAGGCCUGUGGUCGUUGUACUCGAAGACGACCAAUUGUUCUUCGUGCAAUUUGACCAAUUGUUCUUGAUUUGAGUUGUUCUUGUUUCCAUGGGAAGAUCGUCAAUUAUCACUUGAUAGCUUGAACAGGUAGUAUGUACUAUGUAGCCAAUAAUCAAAGUGAAUCAUGAACCGAAACCAGGACUACCUGUAUGACGGCCUAAACUUCGGGGUCGACUUGGAUUCCCGCAUCGCCCUGGUCGGGCCGAACGGUGCCGGAAAGUCCACCCUUCUCAAGCUGAUGCGAAAGGAACUCGAGCCCUGCGAGGGUGACGUGAAGCGACACGGGCACCUGCGCAUUGGUCAGUACAACCAGCACAGUGAGGAGAUUUUGGACUUGGAAAAGUCGCCCCUCGACUUCUUCCAGGAGUUGUACCCGAACGGGAUCAUCAACGAAAAGGGCCUGGUCAAGCAGGACGUGGACGACUGGCGCCGCACGUUGGGCAAGUUCGGCAUCACGGGGAACACGCAGACGCGGCAGAUGAAGACGAUGAGCCACGGGUACCGAACCCGGGUGGUGUUCGUGAUGAUCUCGCUGACCAACCCCCACAUCCUGCUGUUGGACGAACCGACCAACCACUUGGACAUGCAGUGCAUCGACUCCUUGGCCGAGGCGAUCAACGCCUACAGCGGGGGUCUGGUGCUCGUCAGUCACGACUUCCGCCUCAUCGGCCAGGUGGCCAAGGCGAUCUGGGUCUGCGACAACAAAACCGUCAAGCCCUGGGAGGGGGACAUUCAGUCGUACAAGAAGUACUUGAAAUCCCAAGUCACCAAAAAGAUGGCGGCGGCGACAACGUAA